ACACAAAGCAAGUAGCAAAAAAAGGGAAAAAGGAAAAACGGUGGUUGAAUAUUUGGAAGUGGAUUAGAUGGAGGGAGUGGUGAAACCGUGAAAGGGGUUAACAGAAGAAGAAGAAGAAUCGUUAACGAUGGAGGCGGUGGCGGAGGGGUUAUGGGGACUUGCAGAGUAUCAUGAGAAGAGAGGUGAAAUAGGGAAAGCAGUGAAGUGUCUCGAAGCCAUUUGUCAGAGCCAAGUCUCCUUCUUCCCAAUCGUUGAGGUCAAAACCCGCCUCCGCAUUGCCACUCUCCUCCUCCACCAUUCUCACAACGUCAACCACGCUAGGUCUCACCUCGAACGUUCUCAAUUGCUUUUGAAGUCUAUUCCUUCUUGCUUCGAAUUGAAGUGUCGAGCUUAUAGCUUGCUUAGUCAGUGUUACCAUCUCGUUGGAGCUAUUGCGCCUCAGAAACAAGUCUUGUACAAGGGCCUCGAGCUUACUUCAUCUGCAGGAUAUGAGAUUUCAAUGAAAUUGUGGGCUUGCAACUUCAAUUCACAGCUUGCAAAUGCUUUAUCAAUUGAAGGAGACUACCGGGGUUCAAUCUCUGCCUUAGAGUGUGGAUAUGUCUGUGCUACUGAAGUACGCUACCCGGAGUUGCAGAUGUUUUUCGCCACUUCAAUAUUGCAUGUCCACCUCAUGCAAUGGGAUGAUGAUAAUUUGGUUGAGCAAGCUGUUAAUAAAUGCAACGAGAUUUGGGAGUUAAUUGGGCCCGAUAAAAGACGACAAUGCCCUGGCUUACUCUUUUAUAAUGAAUUACUGCACAUAUUCUAUCGACUGCGGCUAUGUGAUUACAAGAAUGCUGCACCCCAUGUAGACAAUCUUGAUGCUGCCAUGAAGGCUGAUAUGCAGCGAACACAACAUAUACAAGAGCUAGUGAAGGAGCUCAAUGCUUUAGAUCAAAGUCUCUCCCGAUCUGACCUUCACUACAGGGAUAGGGUAGCAUUAUCUGAAAAGCAAACAAUGAUUCAGGAGCAGCUGAAAAACAUGAACGGAUUGAGUUCAAUUGGGCGGGAAUCUCUGCAACCAGUAUAUUUUGGGAAUGUUAGAAGGGCAAUAGGAGAUAAGCUUCAGUUAGCACCUCCUCCUAUUGAUGGUGAAUGGCUUCCCAAAAGUGCCGUUUAUGCAUUAGUUGAUCUAAUAGUUGUUAUAUUUGGGCGUCCAAAAGGACUUUUUAAGGAGUGUGCAAAGCGCAUACAAUCUGGGAUGCGAGUAAUUCAAGAUGAGUUAGUGAAGCUUGGGAUUACUGAUGGAGUCAGAGAAGUGGAUUUACAACACUCUUCUAUAUGGAUGGCUGGUGUGUACUUAAUGCUACUAGUUCAGUUUCUUGAAAACAAAGUAGCCAUAGAGCUCACUCGAGCAGAAUUUGUUGAAGCACAAGAGGCUUUGGUACAGAUGAAAAAUUUGUUCAUGCGGUUUCCAACUAUAUUACAGGCAUGUGAAUGUAUUAUUGAGAUGCUUAGAGGCCAAUAUGCACAUUCUGUUGGCUGUUAUCAUGAAGCUGCUUUUCAUUUUAUCGAAGCUAUGAAGCUUACAGAGAGCAAAUCAAUGCAAGCUAUGUGCCAAGUUUAUGCAGCUGUCUCUUACAUCUGCAUUGGUGAUGCUGAAUCUUCUUCACAGGCACUUGAUUUGAUUGGGCCAGUUUAUGGAGUUAUGGAUUCUUUUGUAGGAGUUAGAGAGAAAACAGGUGUUCUUUUUGCUUAUGGUCUUUUAUUGAUGAAGCAACAGGAUCUACAAGAAGCAAGAAAUCGCUUAGCAAGGGGCUUGCAGCUGACACAUACGUAUUUGGGGAACCUUCAACUUGUUUCCCAAUAUUUGACAAUCCUUGGCAGUUUAGCCCUUGCAUUGCGUGACACUGUACAAGCCAGGGAGAUAUUGAGAUCUUCUUUGACCUUGGCAAAGAAACUUUAUGAUAUUCCUACACAGAUUUGGGUGCUAUCUGUUUUGACAGCUUUAUAUAAAGAAUUAGGGGAAAGGGGAAACGAAAUGGAGAAUGCUGAGUAUCAGACUAAAAAAUUAGAAGAUUUGCAGAGGAGACUCGCUGAUGCACAUGCAUCCAUUUAUCAUAUUGAAAUCAUUGACAAAGUAAGACUAGAAGUUCACCAAUUACACGAUUUGGACAUUAAGCGUGCAAUGGCAGGGCCGACUAUGGGAGUCAAUCUUGAUAUUCCAGAAUCUAUUGGUUUGUCAGCACCCUUGCCUGCUCCAUCAUCAUCAAGGCUAGUUGAUAUAGACACGGGAAGACGUGGAAAAAGGAGAAUUUAGUGUUUUCUUGUGCAGGAAAAUCCAUUAUAUUUCUUGUGAAUUAAUUACAGACAAUUGCUCGGAAGUCCAAGCAGGUUGAAGAAUUUAGCAGAUAGGGUUUCCAGCUGACCACUUACCAGCAAAGUUUUCUAUCAUGUGCAUCACUGUUAAAGAUUAUGUACAGUAAAUAUUAUUCAUAAGUUAUACAGUAGAAUAGAUGAUAGAACUCACCGGUUAACAUUAGAAUAGGCUUUUUGGUAUUAAAAGAGAAAAAAAAUGUAAAAUAAUUGUUGGAAGGCAGUUCUGUAGGAUUUACUGUGUUUUAUUCAUCUGUUUAUAGCAUAUCCUAAUCCACGGAAAUCAGUUUGCUUUCUCAUUUAAAGAUGUCAGUCAUACUGGAAACCAAUUGCAAAAGUUUUAGUGAAAUAGAAUUUCAUGUAUUAUC